UUGUGCUUUAGUCAGGAUGCCCACUGGCUUAUCAGCGCCAGCCUGGACUGUACGGUCAAGGUGUGGGAUCUUCCGUCGGCGGCGCUGAUCGACGUUCUUGCUUUCUCGCACCCGUGCUGCUCGCUGACCGUCAGUUCCGGUGGUCAGUACCUGGCGACCGCUCACUGCGACAAGCGAGGUAUCUACCUAUGGGCCAACAAAACACUCUACUUUCCCUGCAUCGUCCUCAACGCUCUUCCGCUUGACUACGAACCGGAGCCUAUCGACCUCUUAGGCUCGACCGCAACUGCAUCUGAGAAGCAGGACGACUCCAUGGCGAUCGAAAAUCACGAUGAACGAUACGAAAGUCCUGAACAGUUACAGUCACUAAUUUCGCUGUCCAGUCUUCCGUCUACUCGUUGGGCGUAUUUGAUGGAUUUGGAGACUAUCAAGGAGCGCAGCAAGCCCAUAGAGCCUCCAAAGAAGCCAAUACAUGCGCCGUUUUUCCUUCCCACGAUUCCGGGCCUUGUGCCAAAGUGGGCAGAUCUCGAUGAGGGGGAUAUCCUGAAGAGCGACGGUGUUAACGAGCCUCGCAAGAUCGUGUCCUUUGCGCAGUUGGAUUUUCGGUCUGAUUUUGCCAAACAAUUGGAACGAUGCAACGGGAAAAGCUUUUGGCCCGCGUUUGAGGUCCUAAAGCAGUACGGCCCUUCGGGAGUGUACCUCGAGUUGAGCAAUCUGAGUCCAUUGAACGGUGGCUCCGUAAAUCUGAUGACAUCAUUUUUGCGUAUGAUCAAAGAGGUGCUCGACUCACGGCGAUGCUUCGAACUGGCCAAUUCUUACCUUGCUCUUUUCUUGCAGCUGCACAGGGAAACCCUUUGGAAAGAGAGCCGUUUUGAAGACAUUCUUAAACCACUGGCUGAGUCACAGUCCUCCAGUUGGCAACGGAUCGACGAGUUGUUCAUGGACUGUCAGUGCUUGUUGAAGUUUUUCAGGUCUUCACUGAGUGCAUAA